AGGUUACAACGCUCCGAAGAUGAAGCCCGUCAUAGUUAUUCUAUGUCUUUUCGUGGCAUCUCUGUAUGCUGCAGAUUCCGACGUCCCUAACGACAUUCUGGAGGAGCAGCUUUACAAUAGCAUCGUCGUUGCCGAUUACGACAGUGCGGUUGAAAAGAGCAAGCAUUUAUACGAGGAGAAGAAGAGCGAAGUCAUCACAAAUGUAGUGAACAAACUGAUACGAAACAACAAGAUGAACUGCAUGGAGUACGCCUAUCAACUUUGGCUCCAGGGCUCCAAGGACAUCGUCCGUGAUUGUUUCCCAGUUGAGUUCAGACUUAUCUUCGCCGAAAACGCCAUUAAGCUUAUGUACAAGCGCGACGGUCUCGCUUUGACGCUGAGUAAUGAUGUUCACGGCAACGAUGGCAGACUUGCCUUCGGCGACGGUAAGGACAAAACAAGCCCGAAAGUCAGCUGGAAGUUCAUUGCUCUGUGGGAGAACAACAAGGUCUACUUCAAGAUCUUGAACACUGAGCGUAACCAAUAUUUGGUAUUGGGAGUCGGUACUAACCCGAACGGCGACCACAUGGCCUUCGGAGUCAACAGCGUCGAUAGUUUCAGAGCCCAGUGGUACCUGCAGCCCGCUAAAUACGACAAAGACAAUUUGUUCUACAUCUACAACCGUGAAUACAGCAAGGCUUUGACACUGUCUAGGACGCUUGAAACCUCGGGUAACCGCAUGGCCUGGGGAUACAAUGGUAGAGUGAUCGGAAGUCCCGAACAUUACGCUUGGGGUGUUAAGGCAUUUUAAGUUAUAUUUUAAAUAUUCACGAAACCCAACCAGAAUGAGUAGCAAUGAAAUAUUAUUUGGAAAAUAAAAUACAGAUUUUUGGUAUUCUUUGAAAUCUAUCGUUUCUUUUUCAAUUUCCUUUGUUCACCUACGUUUCUGUUUUAUUGCUGGACCAACGCAAAUAUCAUAAUAUUGUUGUUACCAGGAGCUCUUUCAUAAUUAGUUAGAAAUUAGUAGUGUUUGCAUUGCAUUCAAAGAUCCUGUUCAAUAUGUUUUUCUUGUGUAAAUAAUUUCUUUACCCUAAAAUAUAAAGUGGUUAAAUUUGUUUAUUUUGUUAUGUUCGGAACUUAUAAAGAAAACGAUUUAUAUUAAACUUAUGAUAAGUUCGAACUGGUUUUGCUUCAAGUUAUAAUAUUUGAAAAGAUAAGGACCAUCGAUGUGACGAUGUGGUUUUAUUAAAUAAAUAAUAAUAAUAUAAGAUAAUAAUAACUUUAUAAUAAAUCAUUUUGUUACGUAAACGUAUGGUUAAAAUAAGCGUAUACAAAGAAUAUUAUUACAAAUAACCACACUAUAAACGAAACAAAAAAGUUGCUAUAUUUUAGGUAGCCUGUAAAUUCAAAAUACGUGAAAUAACGAUCUGUUGUUCACAAGUCUAAACAAUAAAAAGAUUGUUAUUGCCCAAAGCUAAUCAGGAAAUGGCAAUUCGGUGUACAAAAAGCGGAUUAGAUUAAGCGGUGUACAGGUGCUUAAUUACUUUUAAUCCUAAUUGUUUCAUAAUAAAUUAUAGUAGUUGACGCUUCUAAAGUUUCUAAAUCCAUAAUUAGGGAAGAAAAUUAUCAGGUGUUUUCCUGUGAAGACAGGACUAUCGCGAAAUGUUAAAAUAAGACUAGAGUAAUCAUUGCAGAUAGGCUUAUUAGAGGUAUGGAAUUCGGCUUACUUUCGAAAAAUUAUAAAAUAAACUAAGAGUAGUUACACUAGUGGUAAGACAAGCAAUUUGCGAAAGGAGAAGAGGAUAUAGGCGAGUUUUAAGCCAAUUUUCGGAAUACUGCAACAACAUUAAUAUCAGCUAUAGCGUUAUAUUGAUCACAGUAAUGGCGUGGUAAAUUUUUCGGGUUAAUGUGACAGAUCUUCAACAGUCAUGAUGAUUUACAAAAUGAUCUGUAAUCAGCCAUCAAGGGAAGGGAAGGAAGUAAAAACUAUCAUCAUCGAGUGACCAUACCGAAUUAUUGCGACAAAUAAAUGAACGAUAUAUUUUUUUUAAAAAGAAGGAUUUCUGGUGGCCCAAUGUUUUCCAAUUUCACCAGCACGGGCUCAGCCAGGAGGGGUGGGUGGCAUUUGCUAACAGCUAUCCGAGCGUUUCUAAGAGACCUAACAACUCAAGAGUAACUAACUCCUUCGUGACUAAUUUUACUUCCGGAUCGGAAUCGCGACCCGCUGAGAAACUCAGCGGGCUCAC